UAAAAUAAUACUAGUACGUCUUUUAGGUUUCAAAAGAAUAAGGCCAUUUAUGUUUCCUAAACGCAUUGAUCCUGGACCGUCCCUAAAAGAACGUUUGGAGUUACAUGAGCGUAAAAAAGAAAAAUUAAGAUCAGGAUCUCCACCAAAUGAACCUAAUUGGUUAGAUUUUGAUGCAGUAGCUGAUAAAUUUGAUAAAGUUGAUCAUUUGAUCGAUUUGCACGGUCAUAUAAUCGGAAUGGGUCUCAGCCCAGAUCACAGGUACCUUUAUGUGAAUAGCAGACCUUGGCCUCAAGGCUAUACAAUAAGUAACCCUUUGGAACCACCACCCAUAGCUCAAGAAAUAGAUAUCCAUGUUAUUGAUUUGGUUACAUUCAAGCAAGUCGGGAUAAUGCUUCGAUCUCACAAAGCCUAUACUCCAAAUAACGAAUGUUUUUUCAUAUUUCUAGACGUGUGUGAUAAAUAUGUAGCAAGUGGUGCUGAAGAUAACCACGGGUACUUGUGGGAUCGUCAUUAUGGGAUGUGUUUGGCAAAAUUUCCUCAUGCAGAUGUUGUUAAUUCAGUGGCUUUUAAUCCGAAGGAUCCCGAAAUGCUAGUCACUACAUCAGAUGAUAACACUAUAAAGAUCUGGAGAUCGAAAUCAAAAGUUAAGCAGUUUGGAUUAAAUUAUGCUCAGUUUCAGCAGGGUAUUGAAACAAGAAGGUAUCGUGGUCAAAACGCAUCUACAAAUCUGCGUGGUAGUUAUAAUCGAAAUACUUAAAAGUAUAUUUUACAAAUAUUGUAUCUGAUCUAUUUAAAUCAAUAUUAACCGAUACUGAAAAGGAACCUACCUACAUUAGUAGUACACACGUGAUAAAUUGCGAUGGAAUAUCCGUCCUUUACAAAAUUGUUGGAUUGUUAUACACAAAAAUAACUGUUAAAUAUGAUUAUUGAUAUUUGUUAAUACAAUACAAAUAAUUAUAUAUAUACAUAUAUAUAUCUUGCACCAUUUAAAUGUAAAUCUUGUAAUGAUCAAAAAUUUUGUACGAAAAAUAAUGAAAUUAUUUAAACUAGUCAAUUUGGAUUAAAAAAUUAUCAGUACUUAUAUUACUAAAAUCAUAGAAGUAACAGAAUUAGAAUAAGCAAGCCCAUUGGAAAUGUGUUUCAUAGUAGAAACAAACUAAAGACUUUAUAGAGAUAAAAAAAUAGUGAAGAUUACCAACAUUUGUUUUUGUUAUAUGUUUUGUUGUUUAAAGAUAAAGUUGCACUAUUUUUGAUCUUGCACAUUACCGGCUGCAUGGGGUUUGCCUGCUCUAACUGUAUCAUCUCUAUGAUUAAAACACUUUUUAGUAACCACCUACAAAAAUAAUAAACCACUGCCCAGCACAGUUCUGUACACUGUGCAGGUGACUUGUAUUAUAUUCUUAUGAUAUUGUACUUAUUUUUCGUGAUUUUAAUAAAGUGCUUAUUUUUAG